AUGGCUAAUAAGAUCAUCAUGUCCCUCGUAUCCCUGGUCUUGGUGGUCGGUGCCGUCCUCGGUGUCGUGGCCCUUGUUGUCAAAAGCGGAGGAGACUCUGAUAAAAACGUUUCCACUAGUACCAAAAACAGUGUUUGCAAACCAACCGAAUACAAGGAUGCUUGCAACAAAGUCCUAGCCGAUGUCGACAAGAACUCCUCCGCUACCCACGAGGAUUACAUCAUUGCUUCCAUUCGUGCCACCGCGGAUGAACUGCAAAAGGCCCUUGAAAAGGCCUCCGAUGCCAAGAAGGAAAAAGACCAAGACUCCCUCUCCCACCGUGACCUCGAGAGUUGUGAGAAAAUGUUAGGAUACGCCACCGAUGAGCUCCAACAGGUUCUUAAGGUCGUCUCCGAGACCCAAGCAACCUCUCUAGUCGAGCAAAUUGACCCCAUCCUUGUUUGGUUGACCGCCGUUCGAGCAUACCAAACAACAUGCAUCGAUGAGAUCCGAGACGAAAAACUCAAAGAGGACAUGCAACGAGGCUUGGCAAUCUCCAACGAGCUGACUUUUAACGCACAAAAGAUCUUUUACAAUGUCAUUGAAAUCUUCAAGGAUAUUGGAAUCGACUUGGGUGACUUCAAGAUCCCUUCAACCGGACAUCGUAGGCUUCUUGAUGAGCUCCAUGAGAUCGAGCAUUCAGGUUUUCCAGCAUGGGUUCCAACCACCGACCGUAAGCUUCUGGGAGCCAAGAGUAAAGCUAAGAAACCAAAAGGUCAAGCCAUAUUCAAAACUCCACCGCCUCCUCCUCUUCCGGCAACCGUCACCCCUAACGCAGUCGUGGCUCAAGAUGGAAGCGGCAAGUUUAAAGGCAUCAAACAAGCUCUCGCUGCUUAUCCCCCAAAUCAACAAGGAAGAUAUAUAAUCUAUAUCAAGGCUGGCAUCUACAAUGAAGGCCAAAUUAUCAUAGAAAAGACUCAGAGUAAUGUGUAUAUGUAUGGCGAUGGUCGUGACAAAACCAUCAUCACCGGGUCCUUAAACUUUGCUAUCGCAAAAAUCGGAACCUCCCAAACUGCAACGGUGGCUGCUCUUGGAGAAAGAUUCAUGGCUAAGGGUAUAUGCUUCAGAAACACGAUCGGACCAGCAGGACACCAAGCAGUUGCAUUUCGAUCUCAGUCCCCUCACACGGUCAUGAUGGAUUGCAGCUUCGAGGGUUACCAGGACACGUUGUAUUACCACACCCAUGAUCAGUUCUACAAGAAUUGUGCCAUCUCAGGAACCGUGGAUUUCAUCUUUGGGACGGGACGGGCAUUUAUCCAGGACUCACAAAUCUUUGUUAAUAAACCAGACAAGAAUCAAGCCAACAUGGUAACAGCUGAUGGAAGGAUGAAAUUUGAGGAAGCAGGAGGCGUGGUACUUCACAAUUGCAAGAUCAUGGCAUCUGCAGAGUUGGCACCAGAAAAGGCACAAAUUGCAACGUACCUAGGGCGUCCAUGGAAGGCAUCGGCAACAUCGGUGAUAAUGCUAUGCGACAUAGGAGAUAUGGUGCGACCCGAAGGUUGGACGCCAUGGGAAUCACCGGAGGGGAAGAACAAUCACAUGACAUGCAUGUUCAGGGAGUAUGGCAACAAAGGACCAGGUUCAAACACAGCAGGAAGGGUUAAGUGGCCGAGCGUAAAGGUCAUCCAAAAUGAGAGGGAAGCAAUUGGUUUUACGGCCGGCACAUUCAUGCCUUGGCUGCCUCAAUACGGUGUAAACGCCAAUCUUGGCCUAUAA